CCCAUCCUCAGGCGACAGACGUAUUCCUUCAUUACCAGCUCAUCUCGAGAACCACAGAAUCACCUCUCCUUAUCCUCAUAACGUACUUCGUCACCACAGUCGCUCCAUUCCCGCUUAUUGGCGUACCUACAGCUUCCUCGCGCUCCGAAGCACCUGAUCAACGCCACACCUAGAACCAUCCGACGAGAUCCACCCGAUCCCGAAGCUCCUGGACGACCGCACAUCAUAAAGCGCAAUCGCGCUCCACCUCCCUUUCAUAUCCCUUCGCUCGGAUCUCUCCCUUCGCCAUGCGGCGGCUCCUCCGAUGGCCGCUGCUCGCCGUAACCGCACUCCAGAUCGCCUCCGCCUCCGCCGCGGCGCCCAGCUGGACCACUAAGCACGAAGCUGGUCGCUGCGCGGUUCGGGGCCACUGCGGCAAGCAAGGAUUUUUUGGAUCGGAUCUCCCGUGUCCGGACAAUGGGCUUGCGGGGGAUCCGACGUCCGCGGCAAGGGAAAAGUUGGUGGAGUUGUGCGGGGAGAAGUGGGCGGAUGGGCCGGUUUGUUGCUUGGAGGAGCAGAUCGAUGUCCUUGCGACGAAUUUAAAGCGCGCUGACCAAGUCAUCUCGGCAUGUCCGGCUUGUGAAGCGAACUUCUUCAACCUCUUCUGUACCUUUACCUGCUCACCAGAUCAAUCACUGUUCCUAAACGUCACCGACGUGGCGCCGAAGAGUGACAAAUAUCUCGUGACGGAGCUUGACAACCUGGUGUCCAGCGGCUACGGCGGCGGGUUCUACGAUAGCUGCAAAGAUGUCAAAUUCGGCGCCGGGAUGAAGGCGAUGGACCUGAUCGGCGGCGGCGCAAAGGAUUUCUCGCAUUUCCUGAACUUUCUCGGCGAGAAGAAGUUCGGUGGAAGCCCGUUCCAGAUGAACUUUCCUAAUCCAGACGAGAAGGAAUUCCCCGGGAUGACGACCAUGGAUGACAAGCCGAAGCAAUGCAACGAUGAGGACGAGCGAUAUCGCUGCGCUUGCGUGGAUUGUCCAGCGACGUGCCCAAAGCUUCCAGAAGUAUCCGGGGCGCAUUAUUGCCACGUCGGGGUGCUCCCAUGCCUCUCAUUUGCGGUCAUCAUCGUCUACUCCGUCCUGAUCUUGCUAUUAAUCCUUGCCAUAUCCGGACAUGUUGCGUAUCAGAAACACUCCAAGGCAAAGAAUGAGAGGUUGCAGCUACUGCAAGAUACCGCACCAAGCGAUGAUGAGGACGAGGGCGAUGUCCUUCAUUCCGCCGGGAUGGUGGACCGGCCACAGAGGGAGUAUUACCUCAACAACGUCUGCGACCGGCUCUUCAAUCGACUUGGCUAUCUUUGCGCCGAGUUUCCAGCAGUCACGAUCCUGUCAAGUGUCCUCGUUGUUGCGCUUUUGAGCCUGGGCUGGAUCAAUUUCGCGAUCGAAACCAACCCCGUUCGACUGUGGGUGUCUCCAGACUCGGCGGCAGCAAAGGAAAAGCAGUUCUUCGAUACCAAUUUCGGCCCGUUCUACCGUGCUGAGCAGGCUUUCUUGGUCAACGACACGUCGCCAUUUGGGCCUGGACCGGUGCUGAGCUACGACACGCUCGGCUGGUGGUUUGACGUCGAAAACCGAGUUCAACGUCUCAUCUCUCUCGAUGCCGGCGCUAUGUUCGAUGAUGUCUGCUUCAAGCCUGUUGAAGAUGCUUGCAUUGUUCAAUCAGUCACCGGUUACUUUGGCGGCUCCUUCGCAAAUGUGGAUCCGAUCCGCUGGGAAAGCCAACUCGAGAAAUGUGCCGAGUCUCCUGUGGACUGCCUGCCGCAAUUUCAACAACCCCUUGAUCCGAAAAUGGUGUUCGGCGGGUAUAACAAGAGCGUGGCUGAUGCAAAGUCGUUGAUCAUAACAUGGGUUGUGAAUAACCACCCCGAAGGCUCAUCAAAACUCACUGACACCAUGGAUUGGGAGAAGAGCCUCAAGAACCUACUCCUUGCUGUGCAAGCCGAGGCUCGAGAUCGUGGCCUUCGACUAUCUUUCAAUACGGAGAUCAGCCUUGAAGAAGAGCUGAACAAGUCCACGAAUACCGAUGCCAAGAUUGUGGUGAUCAGCUAUAUCAUCAUGUUUCUGUACGCCUCCUUGGCGCUCGGCUCGACCACUCUAGCAGCGCGGACUAUUCUUCGGUAUCCAGCCGAUGCUCUUGUUCAGUCCAAGUUCAUGCUUGGCAUUGUUGGCAUUGUCAUCGUGCUCAUGUCUGUUUCCGCCUCCGUGGGCCUUUUUUCGGCAUGUGGAGUCAAAGUCACCCUCAUCAUCGCCGAAGUCAUCCCGUUCUUGGUCCUUGCCAUCGGUGUCGACAACAUCUUCCUGAUCGUGCAUGAGUUCGAACGUGUGAAUGUCAAUUAUGGGGAUGCUCCGAUUCCCGAACGGAUCGGCCGAGCCAUGGGCCGCAUUGGGCCCAGCAUUCUCCUGUCAGCAUCCACUGAGACAGUCGCGUUUGCGCUAGGUGCCGCCGUUGACAUGCCUGCCGUUCGCAAUUUUGCGGCUUAUGCUGCUGGCGCAGUCCUCCUGAACGCCCUUUUGCAGAUUACUCUGUUUGUCGCCGUCCUAGCGCUCAACCAGCAAAGGGUGGAGGCUGGCCGUGCCGACUGUUUCCCUUGCCUGAAGGUGAGGGGCUCAGAUAGCAGUGUUGGAAAUAACCACGCAGCGUACGGCGUGGAUGAAGAAGGCGGGCUCGAGAGGUUCAUCAGGAAACACUAUGCUCCGGCACUCCUAGGCAAGAAGACGAAAGUUGGCAUCAUCACCUUCUUCUUAGGAAUAUUUACCGUUGGCCUAGCUUUGAUUCCGAAGGUCGAACUUGGGCUGGAUCAGCGUAUCGCCAUUCCCAGCGAUUCAUAUUUGAUCCCCUAUUUUAACGACUUCUACGCCUACUUCGAUGUCGGACCACCGGUCUACUUCGUCGCCCAGGACCUGAACGUGACUGAGAGAAGGCACCAGCAGGAGCUCUGCGGCCACUUCACCACUUGCCAGUCGUUUUCUUUGUCCAACAUCCUGGAGCAAGAAAGCAAACGACCAGAUGUGUCUCACAUUGCAUCUUCCGCAGCGGUGUGGGUUGAUGACUAUCUGCAAUGGCUAGAUCCGUCAUUCGAGAGCUGUUGCGUGGAUGGGAGAGAUACCUGCUUCGCCCAUCGCGACCCACCAUGGAAUCGGACACUUUGGGGGAUGCCCGAGGGACAAGAAUUCGUGCACUACCUGAACAGGUGGCUCGAAGCGCCAACAACAGCCGACUGCCCUCUCGCUGGGAAAGCAGCGUAUGGCAGCGCCAUUGUCAUCGACCAUGAGCGCCUGACCAUCCCGGCGUCCCAUUUCCGAACAUCUCACACGCCGCUCAAAAGCCAAUCCGAUUUCAUCGACGCCUAUUCCAGCGCACGCCGUAUCGCAUCCGAGAUCUCCGAGCAUACAGGCACCACCGUCUUCCCCUACUCCGCCUUCUACAUCUUCUUCGACCAAUACCUCUCCAUCGUCCGACUUUCCUGCGCCCUCCUCGGCUCUGCCCUCGCCAUCAUCCUCGUCCUCACCACCAUCUUCCUCGGCUCCCUUCAGACCGGUCUCGUCGUCACCGUCACUGUCGCCAUGAUCCUCAUUGACAUCGUCGGCUUCAUGGCCAUCGCCGGCGUCUCGCUCAACGCCGUCUCCCUCGUCAACCUGGUCAUCUCCGUCGGCAUCGGCGUCGAAUUCUGCGCGCACAUCGCUCGCGCCUUCGCGUUCCCAUCCGUCACGGUCAUGGAGCGGGCGCCGCGACACAAGUUCCGCGGCAAGGAUGUGAGGGCGUGGAGUGCCCUGGUCAACGUAGGAGCUAGUGUUUUCACGGGGAUUACGGUCACGAAGUUCGUGGGCGUUUGCGUGUUGGCGUUCACGCGGAGUAAGAUCUUCGAAGUUUACUAUUUCAGGAUAUGGGUAGCCUUGGUGGUGUUUGCGGCGACGCAUGCGCUGGUGUUCUUACCGGUGGUUUUGAGCCUGUUUGGAGGAGAAGGGUAUGUUGACCCUGAAUCCGACGGUGGCCUAGAACGAGAUCUGCGGUCGCGAACGUAUCCAGCGCUCAUGCAUGACGAUGGAUACGAUUCAGAUGAGCUUUGAUCAUUUAUCCGAUCCCAAAUAUGUUCAGGUACUGACAUUUGAUACCCCGAAAUACUACGCUUGCGAGCAGCGAGCUAAAUCAAGAAUAUUGUUCAAAUUCCGC